GCGGCCUCCAUCUCCGAAUCACUGACAGGCUAAGGAGCCAAGGAGGCUGAAAUAUAUGCAACAGUCCACCGUUCACGAUCAAAGCGCCCGCCCAUUCUUGUGCCCAGAAUUCAGAUCAUGGCGCACCUUACCGAUUUCAAGGUCCUAUGCUUCGACGUGUACGGCACCUUGAUAGAUUGGGAGACAGGCAUCAUAUCCAACCUCCAGCCCCUUCUUGAUGCCAACAACGCAACCUUCAGCAGAGAGAAGCUUCUCGACGUGAUUCACGAAUGCGAGCGGACGCAGCAGGCCACCACUCCGGAUCUAAAGUAUCACGAGAUCUUGGCCGCCAUCCACCCUCAGAUUGCAGCCAAGCUGGGCCUAGCAAAGCCUUCCCCAGAACAAAGCAACGCGUUUGGGGCCUCUGUGGGGUCUUGGCCUGCGUUUCCAGAUACUGUCGCGGCGCUGAAGCGGCUGAAGAGUCAUUUCAAGCUAGUGGUGCUCUCAAACGUCGACCACGAGUCGUUCGCUCGCAGCAACAGUGGUCCUCUAGAGGGCGUCAAAUUCGAUCUGGUCAUCACCGCUCAAGAUGUUGGGUCUUAUAAGCCGGACCUUGAGAACUUCAAGUAUAUGAUCAAGGAGACCGCCGAGAAAUUGGGCGUGCCGAAGGAGCAGAUUCUCCAGACGGCGCAGAGUCAGUAUCACGAUCAUCACCCUGCGAAGAAGAUGGGCAUGAGCUCCUGCUGGAUAGUCAGGCCAGGUGCCAUUAUGGGAAAUCGGAGUCCGGAGGUGUACGACUGGAAAUUUGAAACCCUUGGGGACAUGGCAGAUGCUCUGGAGGACUCUUCGAAAUAGUCGUUGUAUUAUGGCUGAAAGUUUGAGAUGUAUUAUGGCUCUGCGAGAUAUGUUUUGUGCUAUGUAAGCUAGGAACAGGUCGUCAUCUAGAAUGCGUCAAGAACGUGUCAGGCGAUAAAGGGGGAACCAAGAUUACUUCGA